AUGCCCAACUACGUUCCUGCUGAGCACCAAGUUGAGAAUACUCAGCAAGCAGUUGGCUCUGGUAAUGAUCCUUCGUUAGAAGAGAUCAUUGCCAGGCUUAUUGCGAGCCUAGAUAUAAGCCUUUAUGCCACAAUGAAGCCAGCAUUUAAAAGCUUCCUAGAGAGCUUCGCCAAAUGGCUUAAAAAUAAAGUCAAUCGCGAACAGGGCAUCAACUUUACAAUCCCAGACAUUGAGUUCACACGGCGCGGUGUCAGAGAGGCAUUGAUUACUUUAGGCAAAACAGACUCCUCUCGGGGCCUAAAGUUCUGCGAGGAAUUCCGCAUCUUCUCAAUUUCCCUGGACUGCGGAACACACGGCAGCCGUCAUGGUCUAUUCUCUUGUGUGUGCAAUCCAGGCAAAACAGAUCGCCACCAAUUCUUCGACACAACAAUUUCGACUAAUUGGACAUACGAGGACUACCAUACGUGGUUUGAUUCUCUUAAGGUUAAUAAAAACCACGUAGCUGGAGUAGUCGGAGAUGGUUUGCCAGCCCAGGUUAAAGGACUCUGCCACUGGAGGCCAGAAGGAGCCCUUUUCCCUGGCUUACAAACCGUGUACAUUCGUUGCCUUAACCACGUCUUGAACAAUGCUAUUGUCCACGCACGUAAGCAAUGUCCAUUGUUGAAUGAACUGAUGAAUAGAGUUCACCAGAUUAUCAUUAUCUUUAAGAAUCACGAUAUGAGAGCGAGAUACAAGAUCAGGGUUCCAUCAAUCCCGGAAACUCGCUGGCUCUACAUAUAUGAUACUCUGUUUUUCAUCUUUGAUAAUCUGGAAACAAUUAAUACUGCUUUAAGAAGUGGAGAUCUUCCACUAUCCCUUUCCAGAGCUACACGUGAACAGUUACAAUGGACACGUGAUGGAAUUCCUCCACUCUUUAAAGAUGCUUUAAUGAUAUUCAAGCCAUUAAAGCAACUUCAAUUAUGGCUGGAAUCCAACAAGUCCAUGG